AUGUUUCGGAAUGUGACACCGUCACGAGGGAUACUGUCGCUUGCUCGCGCUCUGCUACAGCGCAUCCCCAACAGACAAUUCUUCUUUACCUUUACAGCCCUCGCUGUCUGGAGCGCCAAAGCUAUACACAUCUACGCCCACAUCAACGCCGUCAACUCGAACCUACUUCACCGAUGGGGCUACUCUUUUGUCGCCCAAGAUGUCGCCGUCCUUACAUUCAUUCGACUCCUUCUCGACCAUUGGUCCACGAACCUCCCCGCCCUCCUGCGAUUCACGAUUCUUACACUUAAUGCCAUAUUCAUGCUCUUCAAUGCAGGCCUUGGCAUCGUCUCGGUUUCCUUUUACGUCGUCGCCGGUUCCGAAAUACACCUGAGCAACAUAUCGCUACCCUCCGAUCCUUCUUCCAAAGCGCUCAUGCUAUCCGGUAGUCUGGCAUUUACUGGUGUAAUAUGUGCCAACACUGUUAUGAGCUGGUUACUCAAGAACCCCUGCUACCAUUUGCAUGGCUAUGCUGCUGAAGUUGUUCACCGUACGCCCAUCAAAAUCUGGCAUUUGAUCCAUCGCAUGAUCCUCCGACGAAGCCAGUACAUUGCUGUCCCCCAACCGAAAUACGAUAUCGAAACCCAAUCCGACCACGAAGACGAUUAUACAAAAGAGAAGAAAGAUGAACCAGAGCUGCUACCGUUCCAGCUUUCCUUGCGAUCCGUCUUGAGAUCAAUACCAUAUGUGGCGACGACAGGCUUCCUAAUAAUGCUUUUAUUUGCUGCCUUGUUUCGCCCAGCCGACCGAUCGCUUGUUUUCCUUUCUUGGACAGCAGCACUAGCACCACUGGUGGAUUAUACGUCGGGAGCGACUCUCCAAAAUAUACCCACCGUCCAUGGGAAUAGUAUUGAACGUCACUGGGACAGUCGAACUGCGCUCACCAACCCUAUCCCGUUCGAUUGGCUUCCGCACGACCAAAUAUUGGAUGGAUUUGAAGACUGGCACUGGAAAAGAGAUCACUACGACGCCAGCGUUGACCCAUUGAAGAUAUCAAACCUCGACGAAGCUCUUGUUUCUGCACUCAUGGACAAGCUACACGACGUCCCCAUCAGGCAUGUGGUAUUAUGCUUUCUCGAAAGUACACGGAACGAUGUUUUUCCUAUCAAGAAGAACAGUACUGUCUGGGAGCGUUUGACAUCAACCUUUCCUGGCGGUGAGCUGCCCCAGGCGGCUAAAGAUCGACUCGUCCACUUGACGCCUACUGCUAACUAUAUCACUGGUGACUAUGAUGAUGGUUUUGAACAUGAAGAGAAGUCCAAAGUUAAGCGUGGUGGUAUUCAUUUCACCAAUGCCCACACGACAGGCACAUUCACCUUCAAGAGUCUAGUUGGUACUCUCUGUGGCAUCGGCCCACUACUAGCGGACUUCAAUCUUGACUUCUCACAUCAUAUCUACCAGCCUUGCUUGGCUCAGAUUUUCGAAGCCAUGAACAAUGUCAAGAACACCACAGACGGAGAUACACGUGAAUUCAACAAUUUACCUUGGCAGUCAUACUUCUACUCAGCCGCGGCUUUGGGGUAUGAUCAUCAACGCGAGUUGAUGUUAUCUGUUGGCUUCCCAGACGAGCAUCUUAUUGGACAAGAGUGGCUGCGUUCCGAAAAGGCAACCCACGGACCAGUCAAGCUACCUAACAUCAACGCUUUCGCUUUUGAAGAAGACCCGCUUGAGGAUUAUUUCCGUGAUGUUUUUGUCCAAGCCAAGGAAAAAAAUGAACGAGUGUUUCUCUCACACAUAACGUCGACAAGCCAUCAUGCUUACAAAAUGCCCGCGAAGGAGGAAUACGUCCCACUUGCCAAUGGCCUUGACAUGCUUUCACAUUAUCUCAACACAGAAGGCUACGAAGAUCGGUGGCUACGCACAAUCCUGGACCUGUUGGAUGAGCAAGGUGUUGCAAACGAGACCCUGAUUGUCUUUGUUGGAGACCACGGAAUUUCGAUGCCCGAGAAUGACGCCGUAUCACCUUAUUAUAACCCCAGUAUUGGUAUCGACCACGUGCCUCUUGUUCUUUCUCAUCCUCUACUACCAGCCUUCGACAUCCAUGAUGCAGUGCAUUCUUCACAGAUCUUACCUACAAUACUCGACCUACUUCUCGAAACAAACUCAUUGAACAACCAAAGCCGACAAGUUGCUUCAGAUCUUAUCCACAACUACGAAGGGCAGUCUUUAAUUCGACCACUAGUGAAGGAGAAUAACGACACUGGUCAGGGCAACUGGCAAUUUGUGGUUGUGAAUCCUGGUCGAGCUAUGAUAACCGCUCGUGACGCUCGUCACCCUGAGCGCCAUCUUGUUAUCCCCCUCAUUGACAACGUAGAGUGGCGACUCAGUAAUAUUGAUCUAGACCCAGCCGAGCACCACUCCGUACAAGGCUUCGAUUUUGUCUCCUUCCUGCAUAGUGUCGAGCAGAAGUACGGUCUUGAAGUAGCUAAGUGGGUUGAAGAAGGUGCAUUCAUAGCUCGCUGGUGGGCAGAGGAAAAUCACAAGCGAUGGCGGUUUGGGGCAUAUGAAAACGGGAUAAAUCCCUGA